ACUUUGUAUUUAGUAUGAUAGGAUUCACAGAUCGUUUGAUUUUUUUUUUUCGCUAUUAUGAUUGUAAUAUCAUGAUCGAACAUGUUAGACAUUGAGUAUGCUUUCAAAUUGAAAUAUAGCUUUGAACAGCUUUUAAACGACGGUUUGCUUUUGGGAACUUGACCUUUCAAAAAUAAUAUUUGUGAAAUAAUUUCAUGUCAUAUUGGCAGAUAAAACCAGCUUGAUUUAUAAAGCAAUCUUAUCAGUGGGUUGUGAGAUAUGUGCCAGCGUUAUCUCAAGUCUCAUUUGAUCUAUGCGCCCUGAUGGAGAGCUAGUAUUUAACAAUAAAUUACUAUUUUCAUUCAUAAAAUGUGACAAAACGUGAGUGGAGAUAAAAGGAAGAAGAACGUGGAUCGCCGUUCAAAUUACCUCAGACAAGAUGGAGGUCAGAUGACAACGCUGGUGCAUGCUAACCGCGAAACAUCCCCGUGGUAACGGCAAGAAUAAGCUCCCUACCCACGGUCCCCUUGACAACGUUGUCGGGAGGAUCCAGCUGAAUUCAGGAUAAAAUGACAGUCCUAAAGAAAUCCAAAGUAUUCUUUUUCUUAGUUGCGUCCGUCAUGGGAUUAUCGUUCUUCACAUUCAUCUACAGAUGGAAUCUAGUGGAGAAAAUAUCAUUUGCACCAUUUCGAGAUUCUAGAAUUUCAAAUGUACAUUUACGAGACAUGACGGUCGAGUUUGAACUCUUGGACAAGAAACAAUGGGUAAAUCCUGGCGAUAUCUCCACACGUAGUCAAACACCAAAUAACGAGCUUGAUGUGAAUACCAACUUGCACCAAAUCAGAGACUCGAUACCUCAUGCCAAAACAAAUGUGACACAUGACCAUAUAACACUCAAUGACUCCAGUACGCGCACCAAGGAGCUUAUCUCAAAUACAUAUUCUGUCCCUAAAACUAAUUUAGCAUCCCUUAAAUCUGACAGUAUAAACAAAACAGUCAGUGCUACUUUUUCGAAACAUAACAUGGAGACAGAAAAGGAGGUUAGUGGUGAUCGAAUGACAAAUACAAUAGCGAUAAACGCGGAGAUACUAACUAAGCACAAAAGCAAACCUGCACACCCCCGCAUAGGGUUUAAUAAACAUAGAUUUGGACACAGAAAGAAGUUAAAAACAAACUAUAUGAACAGUUUUACACGUAUUAGAGAUGAUUUAAUUCAGAACGGUGUACCGGAGAAAGUUGCGGUAGCUAUUCUGAAGAAACAUGGUAUUGAUAGUCUCUCGGAUUUAACAAGUUUUCAAGAAGUAGAAAGAAGAGUUGAUUCGUGUGAAAAUUGUUUCAAAUUAAACUUGACCCAGAUGCUGGUUCCAACUGACAUGUGUGCAGAAAAUGCGGAUGUGUUGUUGUUGGUUACAUCGACUGCCACUAAUCUUGAGGCGCGGUCGGCAAUCAGGGAAACAUGGGGGGCCGCAUGCAACACCCCCACCACAAACAUCCGCUGUGUCUUCGUAUUCGGAAAUACUGGUGAUAUGGGCGUAAACAGACUUUUACAGGAGGAGGCGAGGACACAUAAUGACAUACUUCAGAUAGACUUUUACGACACCUAUGCAAAUUUGACAUACAAAACCAUGACAGCACUGCGGUGGGCAGCACAGAAUUGUGGAAACACCAAGUACGUGAUGAAAACAGACGAUGACAUGUUUGUUAACACGGAACUAUUGCCUAUUUUUAUUCAGGGCGCCCCGAAACGAGAUUUUCUGGGCGGGCACUGUUGGGGCCCGAGCUCCCCACAUAGAGACCCCGGAUCUAAGUGGUUUGUGUCGUUUCGACAGUACAACCACCCGUACUUUCCUGCCAUGUGUAGCGGUACCGGCUAUAUAAUGUCCACAGAUCUCAUCAGUAAAAUUGUCAACGUCUCUAACAACAUCCCAUUCUUUCAUCUAGAAGACGUGUACAUAGCCAUCUGUGCCAAAACGAUUGGCGUGCAACCAUUGCUUCUUAGUGGAUUUAAAAAUGAAGUAGUGGACUUCACGCCAUGUGUAUACAGAAAUCUUGUAAUAACCUCUCACGGGUUUUCCCCAGACAGUCUCCGGCAAGUCUGGAGGGAAUCGAGGAGGUGCGAACUCUCCAAGCUGUCCCCAUCUCAAGUAUUCAAAUCUAUACGGGUGUGAUAUCUAGAACAUACCAGUAAGACAUAUGUACUUUUCGUUACCCCUCUCAUUUGUCUUUCAAUAUUUCCACACAGCUUUUAGAGCCCUCCAGAAUGUACAUGAUACGGUCUGUGUUUUCAAAAACUUAUAAACUCGUACUACACAAGAUUACUUACAAUUCUUCCUUCGACGUUUAAAACGACGUUUCCCGUUAGAGUGGCCAGCUAUUGACGGUUCGGUUGAAACUCCGAGGAGUGACCCUGUAACAUGUUAGAACAAUAUGCGUUUAAAUUAAUGAUAUAUUUUCCGUUUUGUCGUAUAUGUUAAUUUGAAACUUAACAUGUACAUUUAAAGAAAGCAUUAUGGAAGCGAUUGUUGGAGGAGAGGGGGUGUAUUAAAUAAAAUGUUAUACAUGU